CUAAAGGACAGCUGAAGAAAAGAACAGUUCUUAACGUGCAUCGUAGUGAGCGACACGACCGGUUCACCUUCCAGUCGGCGAUACGCUAAGAGAGAACGGUAGAAGAACGCUAGAAGAAAACCAAUUGAAAAUGGCUACGCCUGAGAAAGAACGACUAUACAACCCAAGUGAGUGGAGUAAGCGUUAUGCGUCCCAGGAAUUAUUGGAUUAUUUCUGGAAAUUCUGCGCGGAAGCCACGGAAAAGGCCCGGAAAACCAUCAAGUGCGAACUUAACGUACCGUAUGGGAAGACAGAACGCACAAAGUAUGAUAUUUACGGCACCGAUUUGCCUAAAGACGCGCCGAUAUUUGUCUUCGUCCACGGCGGAUAUUGGCAGGAAUUCAGCAAGGACCUCACCGGAUUCUCGGUACCCAUAUUUGUUGAAAACAAAAUUAAAGUAAUAACAAUUGGAUAUGAUCUAUGUCCGCAUGUCGAAAUAUGGGAUAUAGUGGCGCAGAUAAAAUCGGCGGUCGCGCAAAUACUAAAGUACGCGUCUGAUUCUGGUUGCAAAUCUGUGUGGAUCGGCGGACAUAGUGCCGGGGCGCAUUUGAUCGCGUCCUUUUUGUACGAUGAUAACUGGAUCAAACGCAUGACGCAGCAGGGAUACAUUACGCUGUUAAAAGGACUCGUCCUGAUAGCCGGAUUGUACGACGUAAGACCCGUAGUUGAUGUCAGUCAAUUGAGCGAGCUCCGUCUGACCGAUGAAGUGGCUAAGACACUAAGCUGGUCCAUUCUUGACGAACCAAAGAAUCAGCCACUUUGUAAUUUGAAAGUUGUCGUGACCGUAGGGGGCGGUGAAUCUCCGAAAUUUAUUGAUGAAUCACGCCAGUACGCUCAGAAACUUAUUUCUAUUGUGAAUAACGUGGAGUUCCUCUUUCUCCCGGACAACGAUCACUUCGACAUCGUGGAAAAUCUCUUGGAUCCUAACUAUAUCCUGGGGAAAUUGCUAGUGAAAUGUAUAAAGCCGGACGCGAAUACGAAAUGAAAAGCAACCGUUUGCUCCGUUGCACUUCAUAUAACACGCAUUAUAUCCAAUAUUUUCUUUCAUUAAUAAAUUGAUUAAUUACAAUAUA